GAUUGUGUUGGCCUCAAUUUUACUGCAGAAAUUGGAAGGGGUGAGUUUUUUCAGUUCAAAGAAAUUGCAAUUGAUAAUUUAUUUUUAUUUUUUUUUUGUUUUGUUUUUUCUUCACACUAAGGGGGUGUUUGGUAUAGGUUUUCUAAAGGGGUGGAAACGGAAUCAUGUUAGUGUUUCCGUUACAUUGUGUUUGGUUACGGACUAAAGUAACACAAACCGUUAGUAAGUGGUAAUCAUUUCCACCCAAUUGUUUCCGCCGUAAUGAGUGAGGAAACAGAUUCUCUUUCCUUCCUUUAACACAAAAAAUACAGAAAACUCUUCUCCCUCCUCUUCGCUCGCUCGAUUUUCUACUGCAAAUCUCUAGAUCUUGCUAGACGAUUCUACAAGGAAAGCUGCAAUUCUCCAGAUCUUGCUCCUAAAUUUUCAAUUUUCUACUGCAAAUAUCAGGUUUGCUAUCUUCAUUUCUCUCGUUCAAUUUCUAGGGUUCAUGCAAUAUCAAUUUUGCCGUUUCUGGUUUGAAUUAUUUACUUGCUUGUUCGAUUGAAUUUUUUUUUUAUCUUUUGUUGAUUUUCUGCUGAAUUUGAUAGUAUAUAAUUAUAUAUUGCUAUUAUUGCUAUUAUUGCUAUAAUUGUUGAUUAUUGCUAUACUCGCUCGACAAUAUACAUGACUCUGAUUUAGAUAUAAUUACAAUGUUGUAUUUGCUAAUCUGCGUGAUUGGUGGAGCAUUCUUUGUUGAUUAACUAGAUAUUGAUAUAAUUACUAUGUUUUAUUUGCUAAUCUGCGUGAUUGGUGGAACAUUCUUUGUUGAUUGCUGUUGUUUUGCUGUUUAUCGGGUUCAAGGGUUGGAGGUGAACUUAUGAGAGGUGGAUGGGGUUUCUGGUGGUGAGGAUCGGUGGUGUUUUUGAUUGGGUAAGUGAAUGUCAUGGUGAUGGUGGUUUUUGGGUGAGUUUUGAAGUUAAGGAUGGUAGUAUAUUUUACCUGGAACGCCUGGAAACGUAUCAGUAUCAAGUGAGUAAUUCGACAAUGGGAUGACGAAUGAUUUCAUCCGAUUUGUGCAGUAUUUGGAUAUUCAUAAUAGCUGUCAAUUUUUUUUGUUUUUUUAUUUUUGUUUUUCGGAAAGAGUCAAAUGCAGUAGUUUUUCUACUAUUAAAUCUCCAAUUUUAUUGAACUUUCAUUUAAACAUCAUACCAUCAAGCCAUCUACUUGAUUAAUAAUGUAUAAUUCGUAUGUAUGAACUAAAUGAUAUUGGUUAUGACUUUUUUUUCCUUUAUUAUAUGGGGGACAGGGGUUGGCUUGGGUAGAUUAAUUUAUAAAUUCUUAAACGAAUGUCUAAUUGGUAUUGAUUGUUGUUAACACACCAAAUUAUUUCUAUCUAAUUGAUAGAGGAUAUUGCGUGCUUAUUAUAUAUAUUCAACCUCUUAUAUGUUGUAAUUGCGUGCUUAUUAUAUAAUAAAUAAAAUCAUUUUCUAGUUUUCUAUCGCAGACGAUUACCCUCAUGUAUGUUAUUGCUCCAUCCGGCCAAAAAUCAGAUUAUGUUGAUCGAUGAUGUAUUUGUUUCUUGUAUUUUAAUGGUUUUUUAUGGGUAAUAUAUUGAUACUAUUGUAUAUUUUUUGGACUAGUUUUUCAAGAUUUCUACAAUGCCCCGACUUAUGCGUUCCUCAAGGAAGAAAAAGCUAAAACAAAUACAACUAGUUAUUUCAAUGGUUAUUAUUAUUUGAUGAUGUAUUGGAUGUGGCAUAUGAUGUGUGUUGUUACAAUAAAGGGUGUUCAAUUGAAAGAAAGAAAAAGAAACAAAAAGUUGCUACGAAUGUUAGUUUUGAGAGGGCUUUAUAAAGAGAGUGAUGUGAAAUGCAAGAGUGAGCUUCGCGUUAAUAGAAGAACUUUCAAUAUUAUUUGUGAGAUGCUUAGAGACAUUGGUGGUUUGAGUGGAACAAAAAACAUGUCACUUCAAGAGAUCGUAGCCAUGUUUUUAUACACGUUGGCUCACCACAAGAAGAAUAGGUCUAUUGGACAAUAUUUCUUUAGAAGUGGAGAAACCGUGAGCCGACAAUUUCACCUUUGUCUAAGGGCUCUUCUCAAAUUACACGAAGUAUUACUUUACAAUCCCACACCAAUAUUAGAUGAUUGUGAAGAUGAAAGGUGGAAAUUUUUCAAGGUAUUGGUCUUUUUUAAGCCCCUAAGUUUUUCUAGGAUUUUCUUAUUUUUGAUUGUAUGUAAGUAAUAUUUUUUUUUUAUUUUUGUAGAAUUGUUUAGGGGCAUUAGAUGGGACUUACAUUAAUGUAAAUGUGCCUUCACAAGAACGACCAAAAUAUAGAACAAGAAAAGGAACAAUUGCUAUGAAUGUAUUGGGUGUUUGUGCACCCAAUUUGCAAUUUAUUUAUGUUCUUCCUGGUUGGGAAGGUUCGGCCCAUGAUAUGCGUGUACUUCGCAAUGCUCUCUCUAGACCAAACGGUUUUAGGGUACCUCGAGGUAAGUGAAGCUCAUUCUUUUGUGAGUGUAUAAGUUUUGUUAGUUUUGGUAGGUAGUAAUCCUUUCCUUUAAUAACUUUGAAGGUAAUUAUUAUUUGGUUGAUGCGGGAUAUACGAAUUGUGAGGGUUUUCUUGCUCCAUAUAGAGGUCAAAGAUACCAUUUAAAAGAAUGGACGGAUCAACAACCCGAAAGUGUCGAGGAGUUCUAUAACAUGAAACAUGCUAGGGCGCGAAAUGUGAUUGAGAGAUGUUUUGGCCUACUUAAAGGAAGAUGGAGUAUUCUUAGAAGUCCUUCAUUUUUCCCUAUAAGAACUCAUGGACGUAUCGUGAUGGCUUGUUGCUUAUUGCAUAAUCUAAUUAGAAAAUUCAUGCCUACGGAUGAUAUAAACGAAGAUGAAUUGAAUGAAUCCGAUGAUGAUUCCGAAAGUGAUUCCGAUGAUGAAAGGGAAUUUAUUACAAGUGUUGCUACUUCGGAUCAUUGGACCAAUUUUAGAAACAAAUUAGCCCAAGAUAUGUUUAAUGAUUGGAGGGCGAGAGGUAGACAUGGUCAAUAGCAAAAAAUGAUGGAGGCUAGCAAUCGAGGAAGAGGUAAAAAUAAAAGGUAUUGGACGUAUGAAGAAGAUGUAGUUCUAAUAAGAUAUUUGCAUGAGUUGAGUUGCGAUUCGAAGUGGAAGUGUGAUAAUGGGUUUAAGAAUGGUUACAUGAAUAAGUUGGAAGAGAUGAUCAAUGGUGUACUUCCUAAUUGUGGCUUGAGAGCAGUUCCCCACAUUGAGUCGAGGAUCAAGCAUUGGUCGGAGAAAUAUAGUGCAUUUGCAGAAAUGCUAUCCACCUCGGGAUUUGGAUGGGAUGCUGAGAAGAAAUUGUUGCAAGUAGACAAGGUCGUGUACGAUGAAUGGGUGAAGACUCAUAAGAAAGCUAAAGGGUUGUUUGGAGUUCCAUUCAUUCACUAUGAAACUCUUGCGGAGAUAUACGCAAAAGACAAAGCUACCGGAGAUGCAAGUGAGUCGUUUGUUGAUGCUAUAGAAGAAAUGGGUCAAGAGAUUGAUAAGCAACCAUUCAAUGUCGAGAGUGAUGAAGAAGAUGAUGUGAAUUCUACUCAUUCGGACACUUAUUCUUCUACAAGUCAAUCCGGAAAACGCCCCAUGAAGAUAGAGGAUGAUCAUAUAACUCCUUCAAAAAUGGCAAAAGUGAAGGCUUCUACAAUUCAUUCUUCCGCAAGUGAUUCUACUACUCAAUCCGGAAAACCCUCUAUAAAGGCGAAGGAGACUAAGGUGAAAGGAAAGAACAAGGUAAAUUUGAAGAGUUUGUGUAGGAAUGAUGAUGAUGAUUUGGUGGCCUCCCUCCAUGAUUGUUCCAACAAUUUUGGGAAGAUAUUUGAAAAUAUCAAUGUUAAUCUCGGGACUAUGGCUAGUGCAUGGUCUAAAGCGGAAGAAAGGGAGCAAAGAAUGGAUGAAAAGGUGAACAAGGUAUUGGACGAGGUGAUGAAGUUAGAUGGCAUUUCUCCAUCCGAAGCUUUAGAGGUUGCUACUAUUCUCAUGGCGGAAGAACAUAAGCUUCGCAUCUUCUAUCAAGCACCAUUUAAUAUGAAAAAACAAUAUGCAAUUGAUCUUCUUAAGAAGAAGUAGCAACUUGAGCAAUGUCUUUGUUUUUUUGUUGAACAUAUGCAACUUGAGCAAUAUAGGUUAUUUUAUUAUUAGUCAAUGUUUGGAUAAUUAAUGAGUGUCAACUUUGCUAUAUAUAUAUAUAUAUAUUCAAUACAGGUUAUUUUAUUUUUUUUUAUCUUUUUUUUACCAUAAAAAAAUGUAGCAUAGACAAUAUUAUAUUAUUCAUUCUUAUUUUUCAUUUCCGUUUGUUAUACCAAACAAGAGGAAAUGGAAUGGUGAUAAUUGUUUCCGUUUCCUUUGAUGUACCAAACAACUAGUAAGGGUAACACUUUUUGUUACCUUUUCCCCUCCUAAUUUAUUUCCAUUCCGUUUCCUAUACUAACUCCAUACCAAACACCCCCUAAGGUUUGAGUAUGACAAGUUAAGGGUGAGAGUUCGAUUUUCGGUUUAAAUUUGGCGUUUGAAUUUAUAUUCGUUUUUGGAUUGUGAAUUUGU